AUGACGAGGCACAUCGGGAUUAAACACAGAAAGCUCCUGAAACGACCCGUCAAGGCGAGCCUGGACGGCAUGGGCAAGAUCUAUGGCGGGGAGUCCAGGCGCUCUGUGUCCCUGGUCCCGAUGACCGUCAUCAAGAAACAAAUGGGUCCUUAUUGGGAUGACGCAAGCUUUCGGCGCAUCGCCUUCAAAUUGUGCGUCAUGGGGAGGAUGAAAAUAUACGGUGGGUCGUGGGACCUCCCGGAGGCACCGUCCAUCCCCAACCCCUUCGAACAAUUUAUCGUUCAAGAUCCGUCACCGUCGCUGCCACGCACACCGAUGAUGAAACCAGUGCGGCAUAUGGAAGUGGUCGAGCCCGAGUCCGAGCCCGAGCCGGAAAACAUUGAAAACAAAUGUGAACUGCCAAUUUCACCGUACAAACGAGUACGCAAGCAGCUUGUCGACAGUGGUCUGCAGUCGCAACUACCUUCGAACCACCCGCUCAUUGUUCUGCACGGUAAAUACCUCGAUUUGGGCCACGAGAAGGAUUCUCAG